AUGGAUCCUUCCAUUUCCAUCUCACACUCCCCCACCCCUUUCUCCCCUCACACCUUUCCUCUCCUCCCCAAUCACUCACUCCCAUCCUCCUCACCCUCCCUACCCCCUUCCCCCAGCCUGGCCUCCACCAUCCUGUUCUGCUCUGUGCUUUCCCUCAUGUCCCUCCUGGGUAUUGCGGGUAACGUCUACACCUUGGGCCUCUUACUGGGCCGACGCAAAGGCAGGAGACGCAGCCGAGGCAGGUGCUGCUUUGGGUGGCUGUGCCUUUCGCCCUCUUCCCCUUGCUCGCCUUCCUCCUCUCUCUCCCCUUCUUCCUCCUCCUCCUCUUCCUCAUCGCUGUACCUCCAGGUCUUGAGCCUAGCGCUGGCCGACCUCCUCUACCUCUCCACCGUCCCCUUCAUCGUGUACGACAGCCUGGCCGCGGACUGGGCCUUCGGGGAGCUGGGCUGCCGGCUCCUGCUCAGCCUGGAUCUGCUCACCAUGCACGCCAGCAUCUUCACCCUCACCGCCAUGAGCCUGGACCGCUACAGGGCCGUGGCUGACCCCCUGGCAGCCUCCUCCUCCCCCUCACCGGGCCUGCUCCGGGUGGCUCUGGCCUGGGGGCUGGCGCUGGCUCUCAGCCUCCCCAUGAUGAUCACCCUUCACCUGGAGGACGGGGGCAACCAGGAGGGCCAGCUGUGUGUGCCAGCCUGGGAUGAGCAGAGCUCCAAAGUCUACAUGAGCGUCCUCUUCUGCACCAGCAUCCUCGGCCCAGGACUGGCCAUCGGGGCCUUGUACACCGCCCUGGGCCGCCUGUAUUGGGUCUCCCAAACCCAGCCUCCAUGGGCAAGCACAAGCAGCACCUAUCCCGCCCGGGCCCCCCGCCCUAAAGUCUUGCUCUUGAUCCUGGGAAUAGUUCUGGCCUUCUGGGCCUGUUUCCUCCCCUUCUGGAUCUGGCAGCUGCUACCCCUGUACCGGCCGGAGGUGCUGAGGUCCGUCCCCACCAGCACCCAGGUCACCGUCAACAGGGUGCUCACGGGCCUCACGUACGGGAACUCCUGCGUCAAUCCCUUCUUCUACACCCUUCUCACCGGCAAGCGCAAGAGCGGCCGCUCCAGGCAGACUCUGACAUCAGGGGCCCAGCUGUCCCACAAGGGGAGGCCGAUUCACUAGUGCCCCGGAGCGAGG